GGAACGCUGGCGUCCUGCGUGGCCCUGACGACCUCUGCUUUUCGGUUGUGACCUGGAUUCAUCUCUGCUCUUUCCAUACCUAACGUUUAACUGCCUACCGUAUGUUUGCCAGAGGGCAGCCACAACUCUCAGGAGCGACACACGCGCCCUUUCCCAUGCUGUCCCAUCGAAUCCGACAUGCCCACAGUUUCGUGACCGAUUCUCUAAUUCCCAAAUUCCCAGUGCCUCUAACCCGGUUUCGGCGGCAAUUUCCCUCCGCCUGAGUUAUCUGGGCGAUUUGCUGUCGCCUUUUCCUCCAUGCAAAAAUGCCCGAUUCAGACAUGUUCGAAUCAGAAUUCGACCUCCAAUUCGACGCCGGCAUCAUGCCUGGCCAUCACACAACCGAGUUUAUAUUCGAUUCCGACGAAGGGAGUCCGCUUCCAGCCCGCCCCGACAGCGCCGGCGCCGAUUCCUCGGAAACCAUGCCAGAUGCACCCGCCGAAUACAAUUCCCCGUCAGAAGCUCUCGGCCUGGCAAGCAAUAAUAGCUCGCCGUCAACCAACGGGUCUCAGGAGUCCAUGUUCGACUCGGAACCAUCAAACAAGGCGCAAAGUACGGCGUCUACGAAUGUGACGAGUGCCGAUAUGGCCAUGGUGGACGAUGUGAAAACGCCCUGGGCCAUGCCAGAUCUCCUCGAAGGGACAAAUACCAGCGACUUCGCAGCCAUGUCCAGCGCCUUUGACUUUCCAAGUAGUUCCGCUACCAUGCAGCCGGAUCUGCGCAGCCCUACCGACAGCCCCAGUCCCUUCGCUUCCGUGACAUCGUUUGAUGACAAUCUCGCCUCCUUCGCCUUUAAUCCAUCCGCGACGGGGGUGCGGCCAGAUUCAGCGACCGUGACACAGUCGUUCGCCCCCUCGGCGCUCAGCCUUCGCCCUUCGCAAUCUCUAUCACCACCUCCUCCAAGGUACCGAUUUUAUGGCGCGCCUGAUGACACAGGAACCGUGCCGGCGGACCUGAUCGGAAUGCUGAGCAUGGGCAAUGCUGCAGGAGGAAGCUUCUUCCCCGGAUCGCUUCAUGCACCCGCGCACAUUUUCGAGCGUGGUCAUUACGGCCCUGGGCCGUAUAGAUUGGAGGUUGAGCCCAUUAACCCUAAAUCUAGAGUCGAGACGCAGAUUGCCAUCAAGCUCCGGCUCUCGCAUCUUCCGCCGCGCAUUACGAGACUCCACCUUCCGAAGCAUACCAUCAGCAAACCCAAACUAUGGGCGAAGCCACCGGCGGAACCGUCGCCCGAUAUGCUCGAGCUACAUGCCGUUCUAGUGUGCACGAGCGCCAUGCGAAACCAGGAGCAAAGGAUAGCCGCAUUAGAAAGAGCGCAACGCGCUGCGCAACUCGUGAGGAAAUCUGCUGAACCUUCAAAGGACGGCGGGGAUACCGAGGAACUUGCACCUCAGGAAGGAGGUGAGGUCCACAUCUGCGCCGGAUGCAUAACAAGAGAGCGCAAGCGCGCGGGGCGAAAAAAGGUUAAAAACCCGGAAGACGAGCGGGCUUGGGUAAACGACGAGGGCCGGAGGGUGAUAGUCUUCAACACGCACGAGGUCAAGGACUGGAAGCUCCAGACACCUGCCGAUUUCGGCUCGCGGCCCUUCUUUUACGUCGAGAUACCCAUGAGGAUCGCAUGCUAUUGCCGGCACCAUGCCGAGAAGUUAGGAUUCCAGGUAAUUUUCACAAUGACCGACCAUCAUGGCCAGCUCAUCGCUCAAGCCAUGUCGCCGUCAAUAAUGAUCACCGACGAUCACAAGACACAGGCACCUCCAAUUUCCGUCCCCGGCGUCGCAGUUCCGAUCUUGAGUCCACCGCCAGGCCUGUCGACUCAGAAUAGCCCGGGAGCUGUAACAUCAAUGGACUCGCCCCCGGGUUUGGAUUCCAGCUCGGAGCCGCAUGCUUUUAGGCGACGUUCGUCAGGCUCGACAGCCGUUACAGGAGCGCCAGUUGACCAGCUCCAGUCAGCGAUGGCCCCCCAGCACCAGAGAACCAUUUCCCGGCCAGCUUCGCCUUCUUUGUGUCCGGGCGGCCCGGCUAAGAAACGGAGAGCCAAUGGAUCGGUCAAAAUUCCUAGCGAUUUGACCAUGACACGGCUGGAGACAGCACAACUGCGCGGCGGCUCCCAGCCGCCCACCUCGACCGCCAGUGCGGGUCCUCCAACGCCAGCAACCUCACCGUUCGCUCCCACGACUCCUGCAGCCUUCACACCCGCUGGCGACCUACCGUUGUUUGGCACUGGCGCUGCCGCACCGGAGCCGUUGACGAACCCAUUUGGACCGAGCCCACCGCCGCGCAAUGACAGCCACCAGCGACUCUUCCCUGAUUUCGGCAGGACAGAUGGCCUUCCUGGUCUGAACGUACCGUGGAUUGGCCCUUCGGGAUCGAGUCGUCCAAACACUGCGUCUAGUCGGAGUAACCCACGGGGAGGAUCGAACGCCGCUGGGGUUUCAGCGAGGGGCCAUAUGUCCCAAUCAAUGACAGGCGGCGCUACACCAGCACCGGUGGCUCCGGUGAUAUUCAAAAUCAUACCUAACGAGGGGCCCGUGACGGGAGGCGUCGAGGUCACUCUGAUGGGCCAAGGCUUCUUUAACGGUAUGCAUGUCAUGUUUGGCGAUAAACAGUCGCCUGCGACAACAUUCUGGUCGUCAGAGUCACUCGUCUGCCUGCUUCCUCCUUCAGAGUCAGCUGGCAUGGUGCCGGUCUCUCUCAUGGUCCACGGCGUACAGUCGCAAAACCCAGCCACUCAGUGGUUCAGAUACGUGGAUGACAGCGAGCAACAGCUGUUGCGCACUGCCCUGAUGAUUCUCGGGAACAAAAUGACGGGCCAAUAUGAGGACGUGGCUGACUUUGCACGCCGGAUCAUCAAGGAAGCCGGGCAUCGCUAUCCCUCACCUGGCGGCGAGAUGCCUGGUGGCGAGGCAUCCUCGGGUCGCGCCAUGGAUGCCUCUGACGGCAAUUUCGAGAGCCGGCUUCUCAAUGUGCUGGAACUGAUCGACCUCAGCAACUCUACUCGUAAGCCGCGGCUCAACCUCCGGAGAUCAACUGGGCAAACAAUGCUGCAUCUGGCUUGCAAGCUAGGCCUUCACCGGUUUGUGGCGGGUCUCUUGGCGCGCGGCGUGAAUGCCGACGUGCGUGAUAAAGGCGGCUACACUCCCUUGCAUUUUGCCUGCCUCAACAACCACCCGGAAAUUGCACAAUUGCUUGUCGCCCAUGGCGCUGACCCUACGCUGCGGACCUUGUCAGGCUUGACGCCAGCAGACGUCGCCACAUCGCCGAAACUCAUCCGCAUCGUGCACCGAUUCGAACUGAAUAGGCUAUCUCAGAGCAGUAGUGUGCACCAUAGCCGCGCUAGCAGUGUAGCCAGUCUGAAGUCGCUGCACGCGCAGCUACUGCGAUCUCAGGCAGUUAGUGAAACAUCGAGUGACGAAGUCGGAUCUGGAGAUGAGAGCCCGGAGUAUUCAGACUCCGCCCUUUCGGAUAUCGCCGACGAAGGUGAAGGACUGCAGCUUUCUGGGCUCCGCAUGCGAGCCCGCAGGAGCAUCGCAAACACUCCUCGCCGCGAAACGAGUCCUUCCCGUUCCCGGUCUCCAGGCAGCGACGAUUCUACCGUACUUGGUUCUCCAACAGCCGCCAUUGCAUCAUUUAAGGAACAAGUUACAACUCAGCUUCAACAGCUCCAACAGAUGCUGAUGACGCCGCGGCUGCAAUAUUUGCCAAAUUUCCCCCAGCUCCCGCAACUCCCACAACUUCCGCAGUUCCCACAAAUGCCAAAUAUGCCUCCGUUGCCAGACUACCAGGCCGCCGUGCUCCAGCGGCUCGCGGCCAUGGUGCCCAACAUUGGGGGUGUCAGGCCAGGAUCGGCUGACGGCGAGUCCUCCACCAAGGACCAGGAGACCCGAUGGUGGUAUCCCUUACCGUUAGGCCUUAGCACCAACAUCCCACCUCCUCCGGCUUACGACGAACUCUUCCCGCAGAGCGCAUUGGAUACCAAGCAGGCGUCUGCCGCGGCGGCUGCCGCCGAGGCUGAGGCGGACGCCAAGUGUAGUGCUCUCUACGACCAGGCCGAAACCUCCUCGGCGAACGCCAAGUGCUCUACUCGGUGUAGCCAGUCUGAAAGUCGACCAGUGAACGCUGAAAGGUGCGACCGAGACCCCGCCGAGGAGGACUCUCCGUCCCAGGAGCUGCCCCCGCUGCUGCAAAUUGGCCGCAAGGACGCCAUCACCAGGGAGCAGCAGGCGACGCUCCGACGGGCGCACGCUGCGAACUUGAGGAAACAGACUUGGGAUCGGAAUCUGUUCUUUAUCUGGAUUCCGCUGCUCAUCUUGAUGGUGUGCGUAAUGAUAUUCCAUGGCGUUCGGUACAUAAUUACGCCCCCGGCGCCGGCGGCCCACGGCAUGCGGUCUCUGCUCACUCGCUUUAUGCCAGCUGCGGCCGUAGAGGAUGCCCCGCAAGCUUUUGCCGGUGAGAUAAGGUAGUCCCGCGUUUGAGGGACGGAAACGAUUCCCUUUCCUCCAUUACUCACUUUUCUUUCUAUGGUUCAAUAAAUGAUUGGUUGGGAGGAAGGCAGCGUUUGGUUUUCGGUUUGAGUGCUGCAUACGUCGCGAGAGAGCAGCUCAUGGUAACUGACUUGUGGGAUUCACCGUUUUGCUGGAGUGUGGGGGUUAAUAAGCAGGGAGGGAAGUUGCAAUGCGGGCACACACACAGUCGUUUGAAUCUUCAAAAGGGAGCUUGUUCGGACAAGCGAACGGGUAUUUGAUAGCUACUAGUACUGGUCUCAGUGUUUCUCAAGCUGUGAUCGAGGCCGGAGAGGCAAUUCUCGAGCGAGGUUGCAACCCCUGCCAGGCAACUGCCGGGGACAACAAUUGUUUCGUUGUUUCACGAAUCGGUCUUGCCAGAUAUGUAUACAUUAGAUUUAUAGAGAUAUUCGAGUAUCAUGCC